GCAGGACGUCUUCGUGCGUGCCGAAGGUCUCCUGGGAGAGCUGCAGCAGUUGGAGCCAGCAGGGCGCAAGGUCCUGGGAUCGUGGCAGCAGCAGCAGCAGCGCGGCUGGAGGCUCGAUCCUCACUUCUUCGUCUUGCCGCGGGAUGUCUUUGCGCUCGUCUCGGCGCCGGAAGUCAUCUCGCGUCUAGCGGCCCACGGACCACACAGCGUAUUCGGCGAGCUGUCGAGCAUUGCAGCAGGCAUCAGUGCGUGGAUGCAUGCCUUUGCCGUGGAGCGCCGGCAGCUGCAGGGCGCCCAUGCUCGAAGUGAUCAUGGGCUGGCCUGCCAAGUCAACACUGUCACUAUGCAUCCGGUGAGUCCGGAGGAGCUCCAUGCCCUCGGUCAGUCUCCCGCGUCCUUCAGGUGCUGA